AUGUAUCGCUCAAGCGGAAAAUUAGAUGCAAUCGAGACAAAAUAUUCAAAACCUGAAGAAACCGGCGAUGAUUUUCUACUUCUUGACACAAUAACAGCCGCCGUAGACGAGGCAAAACAACAAAGUCAAAAUCAAGCAGAAUAUGCGACCCUGUCGGUGAACAACACUGAAGUUAAGCUAAAAUUGGACACUGGGGCAGAAGUGAACGUUAUUCCAAUCAAAACUUACAAAGUCCUAGCGAGCACCAGAAGAAUACAGUUUAGAAAACAAACAGUUAAUCUCAUUGCGUACAACGGCAAGCCAGUCCCCGUGAAAGCUGUGUGUAACUUGCAGUGCAAGUAUCGAGGAGAAGAGUAUGAUCUGGAGUUCUACAUAUCCGAAUCACCCAGUGAGCCAGUACUCAGCAUAGCAGCCAGCAAAGAGUUAAACCUCGUCAAAUUUACUCAGGAAUUGAAAUCAGAAUUGGUAGACGGUAGUUUUUCGAUGACAACACAGCAAGUUUCAGAAGACGAAUACUCAAAACAAAUUCGAACAGAAUAUGCUGAUGUAUUUUCUGGAUUAGGCCGUCUCUCUAGACCGUAUCACAUGGAAGUAGAUCCCAUGGCAGACCCGGUCAUACAUCCGCCACGUAAAGUUCCACACCCUCUGAGAGAUCAACUAGCUAAAACCUUAGAAGAUAUGGUGAAACAAGGAGUUUUGCAAAAGGUCGAUCGAUGGUCCGUCUGA